CAUUUUUAGUAAAGGAACAUAAUCUAUAUCACAAUAUAACGCACAUUUAUAUGGUAUAUCUUUUUUCUAACAGCAUAUAUCAGCAUGAAGGUAAUAAAUCGUUAAAUGUGUAGCUGCAAAUAUAACAUCCAAGCGAUGAUACAAUUAUGGGCGCUUUUCGACAUGUUUGGCUGCACAUUUAUGUUGAUGUGUAUAUGUGAACUGUUAUACUCCUUCAGUACCUUUACUAAAUCAAGGUUAUAUCGUGGAAGGCCGGCUUUGUUUUUGUGUGCCUUGUGUCUUUGUAUCUAUUAUUACAGUGGAAGAUAUGGCAGGGUCCCAUUGAUCAUAGGGUGGAGUAAUCAUGUGUCGGCACUUACUCUAGAAGGUACUUUGCGGCACCCGAAGUUACUCCUACGUUCGCAUUACGUGAAGGUACCAUGGGCACAUCUUAAUUUUAUCAAUUCCACGUAUUAUAGAGGUGGCAAAUUAAAAUGGAAAGAUAAUUUGGUUUCAUUUGCGUCAAAAUCAGAUAAUACAAAUACCAACAAACAAAAUGGAAAAGAUAAAUCAAUUAGCGGAACCGAGAUUCCAAAUAAGCCCAAACAAAGAAAGCCUUCCAUUGGAUUCAAAAUUAAAAGAAAACCAAGUGACAGCGAGUUUGUCUCACCAAAAAUUAUUAAAAAGCCCCUCACAGUUGCCGAUGUAAUUAAAAAAAGGAUGAUUCCGCAACCGCCAUCGUUGAAUGAAACACAAAAGGUUUUAGAUAGGAAACCGUAUAAGCGUUUAGGAAUACCAAAGUUAAUUAAGGAGGAACAGGAACGAAUAUGUAAAAAUGACGCAUUUUUGGAUAAGUACUUUCACGAUUAUCUGACUAGUAAAGGAACGCAUUCAGAUAUGAAUGGUGGUAUUACCGAGAUAAGUCCAAAUCUAUUCUCGGAUAAAACAGAAAGACAAACAAGCACCGAUAAUGAUACAAAUGAAGCAUCGGGAAAUUCAUAUGUUUAUAGCGCUGAGGAACUGUUGCAUAUAUGGGACACCAAAGGCAGUCAGUUUUACACAAAUAUUCCAAAGACAGUGGCUCUGUUGCAGAUAAUACGUCGUAUAGCUAAGGAGUCAGAUGCUUCAAUAGAUAUCAUUAAACGUAUCAGAGAUCAUUGGUGCUUUGGAAGACUUAUCGGCAGUGUCGUUAGACAUAUGAAGUAUCUUUCUCGUAUCGAACUGCCACAGCAGCUUAUUGGCUACAAAAAACUAGAGAAUAUGGUACCUAAGUUCAGCAAAGAAGAAAUGGUUUCAAUAUUCGCAGUAUUAGACUACUUUCGUUACAAAAAUGACAAAGCAGUUACUGCAAUGGUAAAGUAUACGGAACAAUAUAAGGACUUCACAACUAGUGAAAUAAUUACAAUCAUGGGAUCGUGUAUACGACUAGGUAUAAGUCCACCUAAUAUCAUUGAGGAAUAUGUCAAAAGGUUAAAAGUAGAGAUUAAAGAAAAAUUGGGCAAUGAUGACCAUGAAGCCAAUGAUUUUAAAAAUUAUGCCUAUAUCCUGCACAUUUGCACUAAGACUCAAUUUAUAGAUGCAGAGCUAUUCAAAUAUAUAGCAGAGCACUGCAAAAAGCAAAAUGAUAUAGAGAUAAAACAGCUAUAUCAUGCAUUCUCAUCCUUUGCAAAGCUGCAGCAUAUCGAUGAAGACCUCUUCCAACAUAUAUAUAGGUUGUUGCUUCCUUAUGUCAAAGACUUCACUAACAAAUAUGAAGUCUAUAAACUGAUCAGUCGAAUAGCCAUGACCAACUCCAAACCCCCUAAGGAACUGAUUGAUGCACUGGCAAAUUGGGUAUAUCAAAACGUCCAACAGUUCACCCCGAGAGAACUUGCAACCAUGAUAAGGAAUUUGGCUGUGAAGGACUAUUACAACGAUAAUUUGUAUAACCACAUAUUCAACUUGGAGAUGUUUAUCAACCCACCGUCAGUCAAACUAUUACAACAUAUAAACUUACAUAUGAAUCAAAGUGAAUCAGUGUAUGCGUCUUAUUUACAACCAUUAAGGAAGUCGGAGCUUAAUAUUGCCUUCAGUAUGGCUUACCAGGCAUAUCUAGGAUACCAAUACCUUUCGCCGAAUAUUAACAAAAUAGAAAUACCUAAAGACGCCGUGGUGAAAUUAAGAAAUAUCUAUGUUGACGGUAUUAAACAGUUGGCAUUGAACACAUCAGCGAACAAUAUAGAAAUCGUGGAUCUGUUGAAAGAGGCAUAUGGAAUAGAAGCUUACGUGGAUUACACUACCGAGGAUGGACUUAUGGUGGACGUUGCCAUUCUGCCAUCGAGCUUAACCAAACAUACUACGAAGAUUGAUGCCAAAGACUUCUUAAUGGACAAACGAUUUGCUAUAGAAUUUCACGGGCCUUAUCACCAUAUGCAGAGAUCGACAGACCAGUUUCCGCCGCCACUAACUCCAUCAUUUUUAUAUAAAGAAAGAUUAUUGAAUGCCCGAGGUUGGGAAGUUGCAAGACUUCACUAUUGGACAUUUGUCCCAUGGUUGACAAAGGAGCACAAACUCAGGAUUUUGGAAUGUAUGUUGCCUACGUGGAUUAAAAAUGUCUGUAACAUAUCCGGUGAAAGCCACGAUACGAAUCAAAUAGCCCCUUCAGUCGAAUGAUGGAUUACUUCCUCUUGGUAUUCUGAUAUACUAUCGUGAGAAUGUUAGUAUACUUACCUUCUAAAUGACAUUGGCAAAUGUGAUU